AAAUUGCCAACUGCAGACUCAUAAACCGACGGAUGUUCUUUUCCCCGGUAUUCCAGAAGUUCUUUCACAUGGCGCUCAAAUCUCAUCGCCUCCUUCAAAUGGCAGACACAUCAUCGCUUAGCACCGCCAAGAAGCCAAGGACAAUGACGACAGAAUCGGCCAUGAAAGAGGGUUUUGAGAGAUAUACAGAGUACCUCAAUGCGCUUAACGACAAGCGGGAGAGGGUGGUGAAAGCAAGUCGUGAUAUCACCAUUAACAGCAAAAAGGUUAUAUUUCAGGUGCACAGGAUCACUAAACAUAAUAGAGAAGAAGUUCUGGAGAAGGCGGAAAAAGAUCUAGCUGCUGUGACAGAUCAGUAUAUAUCCCGAUUAGUAAAAGAACUUCAAGGGACUGAUUUUUGGAAGCUCAGAAGAGCAUAUUCUCCUGGGGUACAGGAGUAUGUUGAAGCCGCAACACUCUGCAAAUUCUGCAAGACUGGGACACUCUUGAACCUUGAUGAGAUAAAUGCUACAUUGCUUCCGCUUAGUGAUCCAUCUGUUGAGCCCUUGCAGAUUAAUAUCCUUGAUUAUCUGUUGGGGCUUGCGGAUUUGACAGGAGAGCUGAUGCGACUUGCAAUUGGUCGAAUAUCAGACGGUGAACUCGAAUAUGCUGAGAAGAUAUGCAGUUUUGUACGUGAUGUCUACAGGGAGCUGACCCUUGUGGUUCCAAUCAUGGAUGACAAUUCAGAGAUGAAGAAGAAAAUGGAAACAAUGCUCCAAAGUGUGGUGAAGAUAGAAAAUGCUUGCUUUAGUGUACAUACGAGAGGAUCAGAGUACAUUCCAUCACUUGGGUCCAGUGAUACCGGUUUCGCUUUGUUGGGGGCAUCUGACUUUGAACUAUGAAGUAAGUUUUGGUGGCUCCAAAAGGACCAUAUCCAAAUUCUCCCCUCCUGCUUUUCCAUCACAGG